UGGCAAUACCUAAUUUAAAUAUAAAAAAAAGAAAUCUGAGAUCAGAGAAGCGUUCUGUUUGUUUCGAAGAAUAAAAUCGCGAAACUGUUUAAAAACUUUAUUCCCUACCCAUUUAUUGAUGGAGCAAAAUAACGCCAACAUGGCGGAACAAGAUCCGCUUGAAGGAGCUAGUUUUUUGUAUCGUACAAUGGUUGAAAGAGAUCCUAGUAAAAGGAAAGUGAAGCCCGUAGAGAAUCAUAUGCAACAACUCAUGUCAUUUGCAGAUAUGGACGAUAGUUCUGAUGAUAGCGAUUUUAAAAUCGGAGAUGAUGUCCCCGAAGAAGAAUCAAAUGAAGAUUCCGGCGAAAGCUCAGCCGGUAAUGAUGACAACAGCGAAGAGGAAGAUGAAGAGGACCAGGAUGGUGAUGAUGAAAUCAACCCUCCAAAUGAUCCUUCUGUCAAAGAUUUGAGCCAAUCAUUGUCUUGUAAUGCAAAUGAAAACAUACAGCAUCAAGUUAAAUCCAAAUUAGAAAUGAGCGGUGUUAUCCAAAAGAAAUUAAAAGUACUUAUAUGCAGUGUCUGUUUGGGCGAUGUUAGCCUACUUCCUAGACAAGGCUCCGAUAAGACAAUGGAUGAAGAAGAUGAAAUAGUUGAGUGUGAUUGUUGUGGAAUUUCGGUGCACGAAGGCUGUUAUGGUAUUAGUGACGUCGAAACUGCGGUCAGUACUGUUUCAUCUUACUCUACUGAGCCAUGGUUUUGUGAUGCAUGUAAAGCUGGAAACAUGAACCCAACUUGUGAACUUUGUCCGAACACUGGUGGUAUUUUUAAGGAAACUGAUGUCGGUAAAUGGGUGCAUCUAGUUUGUGCCCUGUAUAUUCCUGGAGUAGCAUUUGGUGAUGUUGACAAACUUUCGCCAGUUACUCUGUUUGAAAUGCCAUACUCUCGUUGGGGGGCUAAGGCGUGUUCUUUAUGUGAAGAUGAUCGCUUUAGCCGCACAGGAGUGUGCAUUAAUUGUGAUGCGGGAAUGUGUCGAAGCUAUUUUCACGUAACCUGUGCACAGAAAGAAGGCCUACUCUCGAAGGCUUCUACCGAAGAAGAUAUUGCUGAUCCAUUCUUUGCUUAUUGCAAGCUUCACUCUGAUAAAAAUGUUUCCCGUAGUAAGCGUCGUAACUACCUAGCUCUUCAGUCUCAAUCUAGGGAAAAACAUCAUUUAGAUAAUACGAUUUCUGAAGAAAAAACAAGAAUUGACAGGAAAUUAGCCUGGCACCGAGAUCGCUACGAGGCUGAAAAAGAAAAAAGACCCCAACCUUGGGUUCCCACACAGAAAAUGCCCCGAUUGCUCACUACCAGUCCAUCUGCAUGUAAAAAACUGAUUAAAAAAGCUGAAUUGUUAGGAUUGAGCUCUCAGCUUCACCUAAGUAGCGGAGAUUACGGAAUGGACGUUCGUCGUAAGUGGCACGUUCCUCCUGCUUUUAGUGCAGAAUUUGUUUCUUAUUAUUUGGAUAGAAAUAUCCGAAUGGUUUCUAUGCAACACAGGCUGGACGAACUCUUGCAGCAGAAUAGUCACCUACAAGAACAGGAGCAAGAUUUUCGCCAGAAUUACGAAAGACUGGUGGCCGACGUGGACAUCAUACGAAAAGAGAAUUCUGAUUUGACCGAGAGUGGAAUGCGAUUUUGGAGAAUACUUUGCGACUUGUCCAACAAAAAGCUUCCCAUCCCAGAAGUAUUACAGCCGAAGCCUAUCGUUAAAUCGAGUAAAAGCAAAAAGUCUGAUUCAUCUGGAUCUGUCAUCAUGGAGUGUAGUAUCUGUCAUAAGUCACAUGAUCAGCACCAACUUGCAAAAUGUGACAGUUGUCAGUUACAUUAUCACUUAGCAUGCCUGGACCCACCCCUGUCCAGAAUGCCCAAGAAGACAAAAUCCUUAGGAUGGCAAUGCAGCGAAUGUGAUAAAACUGAGGAGGAAGAGCAGCACGAGGACACGGUCAAUGCCGAUGCACCGCGAAAGUUACGCUAUACUGGAGGAAAGGAGUUGUCCAAAUCUGAUGUGGAAAAGCCACGCCGUAGGAGGUCAUGCAAGAAAAUAUCGGACGAUAACAUGGGCUCUGAGGAAAAAGGGAGUGAGAUAUGGAUAUCGUCCGGUGCAGAAGAUGACCACCCACACGAUGGCUCCCGGCCACGCUCAGAGACCAAAAGGAAGCGUCGCUCGGCGGAGAUUGGUUAUCGAAAAUCUCGAAGGAGGAGUAACAAACGUAAGCUUUCACGUGAGAACUGGGCUGAAGAUGAAGCUAUAGACACUAGUGAACAACCUGAAGCUAAAGCUCCAAGGCAUUCCACUCGACGCACAUCAGCUACAUGAAUUGCAUAUUAGCAUUUUUCAAUGUUUCGUGUUCUUGCCAGUAUUGUGCCAAUGUAUCAUUCCUUGUGCUUUUUUGGUAGAAGUUGACUUUUUAUAACAAUCCCCUUGAUGUUUGUGAUACGUAUCUUUUUGUUGCAACAAAAUAUUUACAUUUUUCAACUACUAAACUUUUUUUUGGAGAAUUACGCCGACAACUGAAGUUGUUUUACGAAUUUAUCUUACAAAGGAAGUAUGUAUUUGUAAAAUCUUUAUGGAAUGAAACCAAGAUUAAAUGAAUGAAGAUGGUCAGAAACAGAAAAGUGUAAAUAUUUGCUGCAACUGUGUUUAUU